AAUGGGACAAACACUGUGAUAGUUAUGGUUCGUCUAAUAAAAUAAUCUCUGCUUUAUGAAUUAUUAUUUGCUACAACAUAUGUUAUAAUUGUAUACUUUAAAUACAAUAAAAUGAUAUGAAAAAAUAUAGAAUCAGAAAAAAUUUAUGUGGCUGUGGAUUACAUUACACUAGACGCAAGCUUUCAAGCGUAUUCACACAACUAAACACAAGUUAUAAGAACUGGUUAGAGCUUUCAGUUACACAAAAUGUCUAGAAAGGUUUGUGGACGGCUUACGGCGGCAGAAAAGAUUCGUCAGAUGUACCUUAAAAACACGUCUGCCAAGACGCCUCACCUCUCGAACCAUGAGAUAGCUGAAACCAGGAAACUCUUCACAUACUUUGACAGGAACAAGGACAGCCAUCUUGACCAGAAAGAGUACAGUGACUUGAUAGCCUACGAGACGUCCAACCGCUUAAGUGAAAACGGCCUAAAAACUGUGUUUGCAAGCAGCGACUACAAUUCUGACGGUUUGAUAUCCGAAGACGAGUUCUUGGCGUAUCGCGGCCGUCUCAGGAAAUGGCAGCCGUCCAUGUUCGAGAUCAGCAAUCUAUUCUACGCCUGCGACAAAAACGAGGACCGUAAAAUGUCCUUCGAAGAGUUCAAAGUGUUCUGGAGAGAACUGGGGGAAGACACGUCGAGGAUGGACUUGAAAAAGAUAUUCAGCCGUUUCGAUCGCAAUAAGGACAACAACAUAACCAAAGACGAGCUAUUGCGACUUGUUUCUGAAAAUCUCAAAAGACCCUUUUCACAAAGAAAAUUCAGAAACAUACAUUUAGAAUUCCUUGAAUAAAAUAAGUGUCUUAUA